GCGCGGAUCAAGAAGCUCAUGCAGGCUGACGAGGAAGUGGGAAAGAUCGCGCAGGCAACUCCCGUUCUGAUGGCGAAAGCGCUCGAGAUGUUCAUGGUGGAACUCAUGAAAUCGACCACAGAUAUUGCCAGCGCACAUGGAGCUAAGACGGUGAGCGCCGGACACCUGCGAGCCAGCAUCAUGGGCAACGAAAAGUUCGAUUUUCUCAAAGAC